UAGUAACGAGACUGAAAGAGCUAAUAAGUUGUAUCAGAGAUUGAGGAGCGGUAAGAAGAUCCUUCUAAUUUUAGACAAUAUUUGGGAAGAUAUUGAUCUCAAGACUAUCGGUAUUCCUUCUAAAAUGGAUCGUGGAGGAUGUAAACUAAUGUUCACGACAAGAAACUUAGAUGUAUUGGAGAAGAUGGGUUCCACAAAUAAUUUCCAGAUGGGCGUUUUAGAAGAAGAAGAAGCUUGGAACCUAUUCAGGAAGAUGGCUGGUGAUGUUAUUCAAACACAUGAAUUGAAUUCUUUACCGAAUGAUGUAUGCAAGGAGUGUGCAGGGUUGCCUAUCGUUAUUUGUACUAUAGCAAAAGCAUUAAAAAACAAGAGUCAUCCAUCUGAUUGGAAAGCAGCAUUGCGAGAAUUAAGAGCACCAUCACCAACAAAGUUUAUAGGAUUCCUGGAAAAGGAAUACAUGAAGAUGGCCUUAAGUUACAAUUAUUUAAGGGAUGAAGAACUUAAGAAAACGUUUUUAAUUUCCAGUCUAAUGGAAAAUAAUACUUCCAUUUCAGACUUAUUCAAACAUGUUGUGUGUUUGGAUAUACUUGAAGGAGCUAAUUUAACAAUGGAAGAUGCACGAGAUAGAUUGAAUAAAUUGGUUUGUGACCUCAAAGAUGCUAGUUUGUUACUUGAUGGAUUUAGAAGCGAACAAUUUGCUAUGCAUGAUGCUAUUCGUGCUGUUGCUAUAACAAUAGCAUACGUUGAUCACCAUGUAUUUACAUCGAAAAAUGACAUUGAACGAGAAUGGAAGGAUAAAGAUAAACUCAAGAAAUGCACAAAAAUCUCCUUACAUGGUAGUAGUACUAUUAUUAGUCAACUUCAACCUAAGGAUUUGGAUUGUCCAGCCCUUGAAUAUUUCUACAUGUCAAGCUGUUAUUUAAAAAUCCCGGAGGAAUUCUUUAGAGUGAUGCCAAAGCUCAAAGUUUUAAAUUUGGUUCAAUUACACCGAUCAUCAUUGCCAUCAUCCCUUCAUCUUUUGAAAAACCUUCAAACACUAUGUUUAGAUGAUAGUACAAUUUAUGAUGUUGCUAUUAUCGAAAAGCUAAAGAAACUAAAAGUCCUUAGCUUGAAACAUUCAUUCAUCAAGGAGUUGCCUGAAGAAAUGGGUCAAUUGACUGAACUCAAGUUAUUAGAUUUAAGCAAUUGUAAACAAUUACAAGUCAUUGUGCCAAAUGUGAUAUCAAAAUUAUUGCAAUUGGAAGAAUUUCAUAUAAAGGGAUGCCCUAUUCAGUGGAAGGUUGAUAUACUCAAGGAGUUAAAACUCUUGUCUAAUCUCUCGAGUGUAGAAUUGGAUGUUAGAGAUAACAAAGUGCUACCUAAAAAUUUAUUUUCCAAAGAGCUUAAAAGGUACAAAAUAUCAAUAGGAGAUUUUUGGAAAAUAUUUGGAGAAUAUGGCGAACUUGAGCAUUAUGGGGAACAUGAGCUUUUGAGGAUGUUGGAAGUUCAGUUUAAUUCUAUCAAGUCACUAGAAGAAUUACAUGGAUUCAAGAACGUUGAUCUCUUACAGUUAACUGAAUUUUCAGAAGAUGAGAACUAUGUUGAGAAUUCAAAUUUUGAUUUGCAGUCCAAUGAAAUCAUGCCUUUGUUCAAAGAAAAUGUUUGA